AUGAAAUUGAACGAUAGUAUACGUAGACUUCUUUCGACUUUAGAUUUUGGAAAGAUUUCACUUCAUCUCACUUUUUUCUUUUUAUUAGAUGAUGAUACUAAUGAAACAAAAGUUAGUCUUACUGAAUUACAACAUGAUUAUAAUGAAACUUUAGCUAAAUGUACGCAAUUAACACAAGCACUUGAUACUCUACGUCAAGAACAUUCAGAAGAACUUGCGAAUCUUGUGAGUCAACAACAAACUAAAUUUGAUAGUAAUUUAAAAGAAUUAUGUGAAGAAAAAAAUCGUCUUAAUAGUCAAAUAGAAGAAAUUGAAAGUCAACAUAAGAAAACAAUCGAAAUAUUAAAAAGUGAAUUUGAAAAUACACGAAAAGAACAAUUAUCUACAGUUGAAGAUGAACUUAAAGCUGCAGCUAAAAGAGCACAAGAUAAAAUGAAUGAUUUAUCGAAACAAAUUGAUGAACGUCAAGAAGAAAUUAAUCAUUUUCAAAUAUUAUUAAAUGAACAAAAAAAUAAAUCUCAUCAAUACGAAGAAGAAUUAAAAGAAAAAUCUUCUCAUAUUAUCCAAAUUGAUAAUGAAUUAGAAAAAUUAAAAUCUCAAUCAAAACUAUCUCAAAAAGAACUCAACGAUGAAUAUAAUUUAUUAAAAGAACAAUACCAACAAACACUUGCAUCUAAUACGCAAAAAAAUGAAGAAUUAACAAUAUUACAAGAAAAAUUUCAUGUCACAACAAAACAAUUACGAAAUGAACUUGAUGAGAAAAUUGUACAUAUAAAAAAUAUUGAAAAACAACUUGAAGACAAACAAUAUGAUAUCAGUAAACUUAAUACUACUAUUGAUGACUUAAAAUCAACUAUUCAAGAACAUGAACAAUUGCAACAAACUAUUCAAACAUCUCAAAUUAAUGAUCGACAAUUAUUAGAAGAGAAAGAUAAAAUGACUAAUACUCUCAAACAAGAUUAUCAAUCACAAAUUGAAAAAUUACAGAAAGAACAUGAACAAACAAUUGAAGAACUUAAAUGUGAAUUUAAUAAAGAGAAAUCAGCAAUUAAUGAAAAACAAGAAGAAAUUAAUAAUCUUCAUCAAAAAUUAACCAGUCAAAAUUUUGAACUUAAUGAAAAAAAUGAACAAUUAUCAACAUAUAAAAUAAAAUUAGAUGAACAAGAACAUCUUAAUCAUAAACUUCAACAAGAACAAAAUGAAACAUAUUCUCAAUUAGAAAUUAAAUUAAAUAAUAGUCUUUCUGAAAAAACUAAUCUUGAAAAUGAAUUAGAUCGUAUUCGUAUACAAAUUCAAACAAUGGAAUCGACAUUGAAUGAAAAUAAUGUUAAACUUCAACAAACUGAACAACAAAUUAGAGAAUUAGAGACUGAACGUGAUUCUUAUCAGAAUGAAAUCGAAACAUUAAAAAAUGAAAUAAAAUCUUUAAUAAAUAUUAAUGAAGAAAAUAUUCGUCGAAUAGAUGAAUAUGAAAGUGAAAAAUUUAAUUUUGAACAAGAUAUUAAUGAAAAAGAUCGACUAAUAAUAGAACGUGAUGAAAAAAUUCAAGAAAUUGAAUUAACACUUAAACAAACACAAGAAAGUGCAACUAAAUUACGUAAAGCAUUACAAAAAACAAAGGAAUCGAUAAGUAAUAAGGAACAAACAAAUUCUAAUGAUACAGUACAAUUACAAAAGAUAAAUGAAGAAUAUGAACAACGAUUAAAAGAACAAGAAAUAGAAUACAAUACAAAAUUAAAAGCUAUGGCCAAAGAAAUGAGUAACAAAAUCGAAGAAAAUGAAUAUAAUUAUAAUCUACAACUUAAUGAUCUUGUUCAAAAGAAUAAUAAAGCUGAAAAUGAUCUUAUUACUAAUUCUGAGAAAAGAGCAAGUAAUGCUGAACAUCGAGCAUGUCUUGCUGAAGAACAAGUAUCAAAAAUGCAAGAACAAUUAAAAGAAAAACAAUUAGAUUAUCAUCAAAAUAUACAAGACCUACAAAAUCAAAUUCAAAAGCUCACCAAACAAAUUGUCCCAACAACUGAACAUUCUUCUCAAACUUCAAUGGAUGAAAUAUAUAUGCAUCAUUCAAAUGAUGGUCAACAUUCAUUUGUAUUUGAACCAACUGAAGUUGAUUAUUUAAAACAAAUUGUACUUGCUUAUAUGACAGGAACUGAUCGAUUAACUAUGGCAAAAGUUAUUUGUGCUGUUCUUUGUUAUACCGAUGAUGAAAAAUCAUUAAUUAUAGACCAUGAAAAACUUCGUCAAUCGCGUUGGAUAAAUUCAACAAGAUAA